AUGAACAAAAUGAGCUCGACUAACGCUGCAGCGCAAUCUACUAUACCUUUUCCGAAUCUGCCACUUGAGCUCCGCGAGAUCAUCUACCGUCAUGCGAUACUCCCAGAAGACCUUACUUCUCAGUCUCAGCCCUUGAACUUCGGACCGGUAGACACCCGGCGCGGAGGCGACCCUUUAUACCUCCAGUGGCUCGAACAGCUCUGUCGCGUGAACCAAGCCGCGCGCGUCGAUGUCUCCCUCUAUAUUCUACGGACGACCGAGUUCUACCUUAUCUACCCAGAGCAAGUAGUGCGGUUCACAAUAUUCCUGGGGAGUUUGGGCGCCAACGACCAAGGCUUUGCCGCAAUUCGCAAACUUGAUUUCCAACUCUUCGGCCGCUACCAACCGAUUACUGGGACUAAGAACACCUACAUCGAGCUCAUGAAGCGAUGUACAGGGUUAAGGGAAGUCGCAUUAAAAUUCGAAGUUGGGUACAUGACGCUCGACUCAUGUAACUGGGCUGAAGAUGUUGUCAUCCCUCCUACAAUGCUAGGCACCUUUGAUCUAUGGACGUUCGAUCAAACGCGCAUCAAAGAGCUAGAGGAUGUCAUUGCGAUUUAUCGGAUGGACGAUCUCCUAGAAAUAGAGAGUUUGCAGACGUUGACGAUCGAGGCUUGGCCUAGGAUCAGGGUAAGUGAUCGGCACGGUAUGCAGAACGUUUUGGUGGACUGUGCGCCGUUGAUUGAGCGGUUGGUGGUGUGGCUUAGGGAGGGGUUUGCCACCAGAGGGAGGAAGGUCGAUGUGAAGUAUGUGGAAGCGAGUAGUCCCGGAUUGAGGUGGAGUCGCAAGAUCUGA